CAGGCUCGCAGCCACGUCGCGCAGGUGUAUCGCAACGGCAGCGAGGCCGAGUGGCUGACCGGCGGCCACAGCUCUACCUGGAUUCCGCGAGGCCACCACAGCGCUAUUCUGCCGUCGCCUGGGGGGCGCCGCCUGGGGGAUGACUGCGGCGGCGCAGGCCGUGGUGGCGGUGGCGCUCGCGGCCAUCCUCUCCACGCCGGCGCCGCAGCCUGACACCUUCUCCAACAUCCCGCCCACGCUCUCCGCUGGCCGGGCAGGGGGCGACGGGAAGGCGGAGCGGAUCAAGCACCCCAAGUCGGCCAAGGCGCUGCAGUGCACCACCAAGUGCGUCGGCACCUGCAUCCGCGGCGGCGGCGGCGCGCCCGGAGAGGGCCCCCUCAACGUCCGGAGCAUUUUGUGUUCGCCGUGCGCAGGCCACUCGUGGUGUUCAAGGACGGGUUCCGGACCCGGCAGUACUGUUUGUUGUUCGUCAGCCUGAUAGAGUGCUCGGACAUCUGCAACCGGAUCCAGGACGGGAAGGAUGGACCAUGAGCCGUCCGUGACAGAGCUACAUACAUGUAAAUCUCCAAGUUACUACUGAAACAAGUUCUUCUAUCUGAGGACUAUAUGUGCAGCAAUUCAGAUAACGCACGGACGCAGCAAUGGAACUACGGCAGGAUUAUUGCAGUGUAGUAAUCUUGAUUGAUAGGUCCCAGUGCAAUACGAGGCACAGAGAUUAAAUACAACUCGAUCUCAUGGAUUGGGAUUUUUUUAUUUUACAUUCUGGUUUAUGCAUCCAUUGCAUGUGAAUAUACAUGUUUUUUGCAACCAUGGUAAUAGAAACGGAUAUAAUGGGUAAACAGGCCAUGAGAAACUUCA